CUUUUUUUCCUCUCUUCACUUUCACCUUCACUUUUCUACUCGACAGCUCCAGCUUCCAUAUGGCGACGGCGAAAGAUGGAAUGUCUCCUUACGAAAGCGGCGCAGCCGAAGAAAGGUUCCGUAAGAGGGCUUUCCGACCAGGGAUUUAUGAAGAACCCCAAAAUGUUUCUCAUGAGGCAGGGCAAAAUAAUUCAAUUGGAGCAUCAGAAUUAUGCACUCAUCAUGUUGGGAAUUUUGCUAGCAUUUCUUCUGACAGUGAGAUAUCAGAGCUUGAACAAAUGUUGAAACAGAUGACCUUUACUAGGUCUGUAACCCAACACUUGAUAGCAUUGUUGCAUUCAAGAACCAUUGAGGAGUCACCAACUCCUCUUUUAAGGCUUGAAGCAUCAACAACAACUUGCUCAAUGAAAAGGCGUAAACAUGGAGAUGACAGGGAUAACUUCCAUGCUUCUGUUGUCGGUUCAAGAGUUUUUGAAGAAGAGAUUGCUCAAAAUUCAAAGUUUAUUAAAUCAUUACUAUGUGAUUCUGCAAGAAUAUAA